AUCAGCCCGGCCCGGGGAAAGUUUCAGCCGCUCGGAACGGGACCGGUGGGGCCGCGCUCCUGGCCUCGGGGCUGCACGACCGCGGGGCUGCAAGGAACCGCGCCCCAUCGGGGCAGCCUCUCCGAGCCCCGCUGCCAGCCGAGCCCCAGAUGACCCUGAACACGCAGCCCGGGAACAAGAGCCCGCUGCGGAGGAGGGCCAGCACCCCUCUGCCGCGGGUCCCGGGUGCCGCGCCGCGGGCUGAGCUCGGCCAUCCCCAGCUCGGGCAGUCCUCGUCCGAACCUGGUGCCAGAGCCGCAGCACCGCGGGGCAGUUGGUCCUCCGAGUCCUCGGCCUCCUCCAGCUCCUGGGAACAUCGCGUGGUGCUGCUGGGAGACCCCGGCGUGGGCAAGACCAGCCUGGCCAAUGCCUUUGCUGGCAUCCAGGAGCGGGACCUGCUGGAGCAGCACGGAGAAGCUGCCUACGAACGCACACUGUUGGUGGAUGGCGAGGAGACCACGCUGCUGGUGUUGGACACCUGGGAGCCAGAACGGAGGGGCGAGGAGAGCUGGCGCCGCAGCCAGUGCCUGCAGGUGGGCAAUGCCUACGUCAUCGUCUACUCCAUCACGGACCGCAGCAGCUUUGAGAGCGCCUCGGAGCUGCGUAUCCACCUGCGCCGCGCGCGGCAGGCUGAGGACAUCCCCAUCAUCCUAGUGGGGAACAAAUCCGACCUGGUGCGCUGCCGCGAGGUCUCCAUCGAAGAGGGCCGUGCCUGUGCCGUGGUUUUUGACUGCAAGUUCAUCGAGACGUCGGCAGCCCUGCAGCACAACGUGGAUGAGCUCUUUGAGGGGGUGGUGCGGCAGCUGCGCCUGCGCCGUGAGGGCAAAGAGCCUGCGUCCAGCCACCGGCGCAAGGAGAGCCUCACCAAGAGGGCCCGGCGCUUCCUCGACAGGCUGGUGACCAGGAACAGCAGCAAGGUAGCCCUCAAAGCCCGCUCCAAGUCGUGCCACGACCUGUCCGUGCUCUGAGAGCUGCCACGAGCCCAUCCCACUGGACUUGGAGGCUGGGGACUGCCCUUGCCAUCAGCGUGGCCAGCAGCAGCGUGGUGCCAGCUAAGCACACAUGGGGCCGGUGCGAUUCUGAGGACGUGGAGCUGCUGAGGGACACCCAGGGUACUCUAGGUCUAGCUGCUUCUCCUCUGGAAGGGGGGAUGAAUGGGGCUGGGUCCUCUCAGCUGCAUGUGGGGUGGGUAACAGGGUGGCUGCCCAGCUCCUGGGGGGCUGGAGGUGAGGCUGCGGCCCUGCAGGGCUGCCAGCAGUGAGGCUGGUGCUGCUCGUGGCUCCCAUCCUUCACAGGGCAGCGGAGAGCAGUGAAUGCCCACCUCAAGGACAGGAGCCUGGCAGGGAGAGGGGCUGGGGGAGCUCUGGCAACAUCAUCUGGUACCCCCAGCCCCUCCAUGCCAGAGCUUCAUGCCAUGUCUCCCUGGAACCUGUGUUGCCUGAGGUUUUUCUGCUGUCUCUGUACCAGUACAGUGGGGAAACCCCUCGAUCUGCAGAAUAAACCACGUCUGGGACA